AGCACUGGAUUUGCUGAAGGAGCUUAAGAAUAUUCCCAUGACUUUGGAAUUACUACAGUCGACAAGAAUUGGAAUGUCAGUUAAUGCUAUUCGCAAGCAGAGUACAGACGAAGAGGUUACAUCUUUAGCAAAGUCUCUCAUCAAAUCCUGGAAAAAGUUAUUAGAUGGACCCUCAACUGAUAAAGACUCUGAAGAAAAGAAAAAAGAACCCGCAAUCACAUCGCAGAAUAGCCCUGAAGCAAGGGAAGAGAGUAGCUCCAGUGGCAACGUAAGCAGCAGAAAGGAUGAGACAAAUGCUCGAGACACUUAUGUUUCGUCUUUUCCUCGGGCACCAAGCACUUCAGAUUCUGUACGGUUAAAGUGUCGGGAGAUGCUUGCUGCCGCUCUUCGAACUGGAGAUGACUACAUUGCUAUUGGAGCUGAUGAGGAAGAAUUAGGAUCUCAGAUCGAGGAAGCUAUAUAUCAAGAAAUAAGGAAUACAGACAUGAAAUACAAAAAUAGGGUGCGAAGUAGGAUAUCAAAUCUUAAAGAUGCAAAGAACCCAAAUUUAAGAAAAAAUGUGCUUUGUGGAAACAUUCCUCCUGAUUUAUUUGCAAGAAUGACGGCAGAGGAAAUGGCUAGUGAUGAGCUCAAAGAGAUGCGGAAAAACCUGACCAAAGAAGCAAUCAGAGAGCAUCAAAUGGCUAAGACAGGUGGAACCCAGACUGAUUUAUUCACAUGUGGCAAAUGCAAAAAGAAGAAUUGUACUUACACACAGGUACAAACACGUAGUGCUGAUGAACCGAUGACAACAUUUGUUGUCUGUAAUGAAUGUGGAAAUCGAUGGAAGUUCUGCUGAAUUUGAAGAAUUGGCAAGGUGUCUGGACCAUUAAGAAAAUGGAUUUUGUAAUUAGCUUUAAAACUAGGCUAACCAACUAGUUUUCUUGCAAAUCAGAUUUUUAAUGCAGCAUACAUACUUUACAUUAGUCUUUGUUUUUAACAUAACAUCCCUUCCUUACAUACCUUCCAUAGAUUCAGAUCAGUAGGGAGACCAUGAAAAAGUGCACAGUAUCUCUUUCAAAAAGUACUGUUACUGUUUUUCCCCAUUUUUAUAAAUAAGUUAACAUUAAAUUUCUAUCAAUUAAACAUUGGCAAUUGAUUUAUUUUAUUUUCUUCUUAAAGGAUAGAAAUGUCCCUUUGUGCAGCUUGAAAAAAUACACACUAAAAUGCUAUUUUCUCUAUUGCUCACAUGGAAAUUAAAUUUUUUUCAUAUUGGCAUGUAUCUCAUAUUAAAGGAGAAAAGAUAAUAUAAUAUCAGGCUUUUAAAAUAUGGCAUAUAUUCAAAUAAUACGUGACCAGUUUAUCUAAAUUGUAAAUAAUAUUUGGACUGAGAGCAUUUGAUUUUAAAUAUUGUGUUCACAAGCCUAGAAUAAUUAGAUUUUUUUUUUUGCAUCUGUAACUAACCGUGAUCAUAAUUUCUUGUAAUUUGCUACACAUAUAUGUAUAUAUUCCUUGUUCUUAAUAGGAUUUACUUUUGGAAACACAGCUUUGUUGAAAUAAGUUUGGUUUUGUUGUUUAUUUACCUGUUAGACUGUGUAGUUUUAGUUUUAUAGAAGAUUGCUGUUGUAGUUUGGUAGGCAUUUUGUCAAUCCCCACGUAGGCAAAGAUUAAGAGCCCCCAACCAUUGUUUUUUCUUAGAGGAAGUCACACUGGGGAGAGAAAUAGCAUUUUACUAUAGUGUACUUACUGAUUCUAAGUAUUUCACAACUGGAUUUUUAUUUCAAAAUUCUUACCAAGGAUUAAGCUUACAUACUCUAUAAUCCAUUAAUGGUUCAUAAAGGAUUGUAUGAACCAUUAAAGCUAUAUAGUCUUUCCACAUGGAGGUUCAUAGGAAAUAUGUACCAAGUCUUUAUUUCCUGACUUUUUUCAGUUAUAUACUGAAUGAGGUUAUUUAACAAAUGGGAUACAUAGGCUGUAACUCAAGUAAUAGCACAGAUUUUACCAUUACAUUGUAUUUUUGUUGAAGUAUGAGCCAUUUGUUUUGUUAGGCAUAGGAAUCCGUGAUCUCACUGGGUCUUUCGUGUACAUUGGCGGCAGCCACUUGACAAACACCAUGACCAAGCUCACAUUUUAUCAUGCUGUGUCUUCUUUCUGUCCACACCUGGAGAAAGACCUCAGCAUCUGUUUUGUACUUUCCCCGGCCCCCUGCCCCCAUUUCUUAUUGUAAAAGGAUUUGAUGUAAUACAGAAAACAAUGUUUUAAGGUUCAUGUUAAUCUCCAUAUAUAGGAUUUGGCCACCGGUCCCCAUAUACCUGUACUUUGUCAGUUUACCGAUUAGCUUAUUGUUUAGUCAUUUUAGCUAAAAUUGCAUUUUGAAAUGAGUACGUUUCAGAAGUGUACAAUAGUCUCACUUUUAAAUUAAAUGAUCCAUUAAAAAAUUUGUAAUUCAAUAAAGUUUUUUUUGUUAAAAGUA